GGUCGCGCUGACCUGUUUUCUCUAUUUGGGGAUCCCCCAGCCAAAAAAGCAAUUUGCCUGCCCCGAAAUUGUCUUAUCACUAAGGUCGGUUACAGUGGUAUCUUUUUGAGGGUAUUUUAGGCAAAGAUAAAAGACAAAAAUCAAAAUACAGUAAGAAGGGCAGUGCCAGAAAUUUAGCCAGAAGACAUUUGCAGAAAGUGGAAAACUCUGUUGGUAAAUAAUAAGUGGAAAAGCAGAAUUCGAAUCCCACUUUUGAACGCAAUUUUAUUUACUAAACUUCUGUGCUUCCUGACUUUUCACUCUAAUUCCAGUACUCAGAUAUUUUGAAUUUGGAAGCCUACAAACUGCAACUGAGUUUUAUAGCAGCCUUAAAAAAUUAUUGUUGCCUGUUCAUACUUAGUGGCAGGUUUUUUCCCUUGUUUUUAAUUCUACGGACUGUUGCAUGAAAAUAUCCCCUUGUCAGGGUACAAUAACUUGGCAUUGUUCUUUGUGACAAUAGAAAACCAACAAGAACUACAUGGGACAGAAAAUGUAAACAAAAAAUUGGAUCUCAGUUUCUGAAUGUGCAAAAUGAAGAGCUCUGGCUGAUCCCAGAUUCCACAUAUCUCUGAGGAAAUAGCAGAAUAUUUGUGGACUGGAUCCAAAUAAGGAGCCCAGAUGAGCUUAAAGAAGCAAGCAUGGGAUUCUUAGUUUUUCAAGAUCCAUACACACAAAACCUUUAAUCAGCACCAACUGUAGUGUCCAAGUUUUCUUUGAUUUUGUGAAGACUGAGCAAAACUCUCAUGAUGGAAAAGCAACGGACUUAGUUACCUGUUUCAGUGUCAUCUAAAGUCAACUGAAAAGUCAACCAGGCAGAGUAAUACAGCCAUGGAAAGAAAUUCAAGUUUAUGGAAGAACCUCAUAGAUGAACACCCAGUCUGCACAACCUGGAAGCAAGAGGCCGAAGGAGCCAUUUAUCAUCUUGCCAGUAUUUUAUUUGUAGUAGGUUUCAUGGGUGGCAGUGGAUUCUUCGGGCUCCUUUAUGUCUUCAGUUUGCUAGGGUUAGGUUUUCUCUGUUCUGCUGUCUGGGCUUGGGUAGAUGUCUGUGCAGCCGACAUAUUUUCCUGGAAUUUUGUACUUUUUGUCAUCUGCUUCAUGCAAUUUGUUCAUAUUGCAUAUCAAGUUCGCAGCAUAACCUUUGCCCGAGAAUUCCAAGUGUUGUACAGCUCCCUUUUCCAGCCCCUGGGGAUCUCUUUGCCUGUCUUCAGAACGAUUGCUUUGAGCUCUGAAGUGGUUACUUUGGAAAAGGAACACUGUUAUGCCAUGCAGGGGAAAACUUCCAUUGAUAAACUCUCCUUGCUUGUUUCAGGAAGGAUCAGAGUGACAGUUGAUGGCGAAUUUCUGCAUUACAUUUUCCCCUUUCAGUUCCUGGAUUCUCCUGAGUGGGAUUCACUGAGACCCACAGAGGAAGGCAUUUUUCAGGUAACCCUCACUGCAGAAACUGAUUGUCGAUAUGUGUCUUGGAGAAGAAAGAAAUUGUAUCUGCUCUUUGCUCAGCAUCGUUAUAUCUCCCGCCUGUUUUCAGUGUUAAUUGGCAGUGACAUUGCAGAUAAACUCUAUGCCUUGAAUGACAGGGUUUAUAUAGGAAAAAGAUAUCACUAUGAUAUUCGGCUACCCAACUUCUAUCAAAUGUCAAGUCCAGAAAUACGCAGAUCACCCCUGACACAACAUUUUCGGAAUUCCAGACCAUACUGUGAAAUUUAAGUAUAAAAAAAGACUCUCUCUUCACCAUUCCCCAAAUGAAAUAGCAAAAUACAAAAAAAUUAGCUCCCUAAUAUUUUUAUAAAUCGAAUUCAAAGCGAGAUGCCAUUGCCAACUGUUUUAUUUCUUUCAACAACUGCAUUGUGAAUAAAUUUUACAAAUUUUUCUUGUAUUUCUUAUUGUUAUAAUUGGGGAGGGUGUGGAUAACUAUGGGCAGUUUGCCCUUUUCUGCCUCAGAACUGGGAGAAUGAAAUUCCACAUUCUCAAUUCUUUUCUCACAUUUACUCAAAUGCAUUGUUUUGUCCUAUAGACUCAGGCGUUGCUUCUCAAUAAGCAGCCAGCAAGUAUUCCCAGCCUGAGGGUGGGUUGCUACUGUCCACAUAGGCAUUUCCAGAAUUCACCUUUUUUUUUUUUUUUUUCUGCUACAGCCUCCAAUGAAAAGCAGAUUUAUUACUGUGGUGGGCAGCAAUUAUUUAUUUUAAAUGUGCAGUUAUUUGAUGUGACUAAAAAGGAGAAUAAAUGCAAGAGAUAGUAUGUGAA